AUGGAUAUUCCCCUCUCCUCCGAUUGUUUGGAUGUAUCUUUUCACCCCAAAGCAGACACAUCUCUCAUAGCUGCCUCACUCGUAUCGGGUAAAGUCCAGUUGCUAGACUACAGCCCAUCCCAGCGAACAAGCGCACAGAAAGGCAAGGCAGCGGCGGGGCAAGAUGCAAAGCUGGAUGAAGCAGACGAUUCAGACGAGGAUGAAGAGGCGUCAAGUCCAGCGAGCGGCAGCAGCAGCCCGUGGCCUCGUGGCAACAAAGGCCACACCAAGCUGUGGGCGACAAGACCGACCAACAAGUCAUGCAGAGGUGCAGCGUUCGAUGAGCAGGGCGAUUCAGUAUGGGUCAUCUCCAAGGAUGGCAGCUUGUCCAGGCUAGGCACCGAAACAGGCAGUGUAGUGCAGCAAUGGAAGGGAGCGCACUCGUGAGUGGAGGCAAUGCGCUUGGAGCGAUUUCUGCAUGUCUCGAUCUGGCAAGGUGUGUCAGACGGCUCUGACUCUCAUUUGCUCACCUCGCAGGGCGGCUCCUUCUCGCAUUCUUCCCGUGUCCUGCUCGCUGCUUGCUACUGGCGACGAUGACGGCGUAGUGGCGCUCUGGGAUCCACGUCGCCCGCCCAAGAAUGCUCUUUCCGGAUCGAGCUCGAGCGUCAAGCCGAGCAAGAGUACUAGCGAAGCAGCCCAAUCAUGCCUCUCUGCCGGGGCUGUUCGAAGCUAUUCUCACCACUUCGAUUGGAUCACUUGCAUGAUACACGUUGCAGAUCUUACUCCGCCAAAGGAGCUGAGGAAGAGACCGGACGAGAUCAGAAAAGCGCAAAAGAGGGAGGCUAAAAAGGCCAAGAGGAGGCAAAUGAGAGGUCUGGGCGCCAUGGAGGACGAGAGCGCGGACAAGCUGGGGAGGGAGAGGUUGGUGGUCACCAGGUGAGCGAAAUUUCUUUGUGUGCCUUGAUUUACGAGAGACGCAAGAAUCUCACCGAGACCUCGCUGUCACCUUCUGAUCGCAGCGGCGAUGGUACCUUGUCCGUCAUCGACCCGCGUGUUGGGCCCUCUGCCGUGGAAGUCAGUGAAGAUCAAGAAGACGAGCUGUUGGGCGUCGCUGCUAUCAAGCGGUGAGUACAGCGCGACGCAAGGUGCCAGCGGUUUCGCACCUGCAACACCAAAGCUGAUGUUUAUAUCUUUGCUCCUUCCAGCGGCAACAAACUUGUGGUGGGGACACAGCUGGGGAUGCUGUCCGUUUGGGCGCCGUCCCGCGGUUUACUGGAUCACGUAGAUCGCAUCCCCGGGCAUCCACAAUCUGUCGACGCCUUGUGCAUGCUGGAUCAAGACACGGUUCUGACCGGUUCUUCGGACGGGCUGAUACGGGUGGUCCAAGUGCUGCCCAACAAGUUGCUGGGAGUGGUCGCGGAUCAUAAUGGGCUUCCCGUGGAGAGGAUAGCGAGAAAGGAAGGAUGGGUGGCUAGUGUAGGACACGGACCAGAGAUCAAGUUGACGGAUGUCGGCAGCUUGCUUGAACCUGCAUCUGAUGAGGAUGAGGAUGACGGAGACAGCUCUUCGGAUGAAGAAGAUAAACAAGAAGCCGGAGAAGAACACUCUGCUGCUGCGUUAGGAAAUUUGAGUUCCUCUUUUGCUGCAGACGCGCUUCCUAGGGCAAAGAAGCAUACGGAUGCCCCUUCUCACGUUGGCUCUGACUCUGAGUCUGAUACCGACGACGACGAAGAAGAAGAAGAGGCGGGCGACCCUGACGCAAAAGAUGCUUCAGAAGAUGAAGCGGCAGUCGAAAGACCGAGUAAACGCAGCAAGACGCAGUCUGCAAGCGGCAAAGCAGCGCAAUCGCGUCAAGCAGCGGACGACGAUUUCUUUGCCGGAUUCUGA